AUGAAUGAAGAGAGCGAUACUUCGACGGAUCCACCUGACAGCAAUUCAGAUGGUGGAGAAGCUGUUGAAAAUGAGAUGAAACGACUUCGUGUUACUUAUAAUUAUGAUGGUGCACAUGGCGUUCGAUGGGCGGGUGAAGCGACGUCUGUGGAUACAAGUGUCGAAACUUUGCGUGCUCGAAUUGUACGUGGCAAUUAUGCUGAAGCAAAUGCCAUGUUGAGAGAAUUUCACUAUUUACGUCAAUUACGUAAGUUUCAAGCUGAACGAGGCCGCGCUCGAGCGAAUUACUUGGAACAUCAGGUAGAUGAACCUGAUUUUAUCAUGGAUGGUUUGAACAAGCUUAAAAGGAAAUGUUAA